UUACUGACUUACAUAUGUAAUUUGACUAUCGACGUAGGAGUUUUCAAAUUUCGCGCGUUGGAAGUCUUUGACUCGUGCGGCUUUUGGAAACAACGAGUCGUAGCAGGCGGACUGGGACGCUGUAGAUGUGCUCAGGAAACUGACAAUGCGGCCACUGUGUACAUUCAGGAGCUCGUUGUUGGCGCGGCCGAGGCGUUGGAUCAUGGGCGGUGCCACAACUAUUCGAACCUCAGAAAGUCAAAACCAUUGGCUUAUCUUAUCCGUUCACCUGGCCUGCAGUUCUGAACCGUCUAGAACCCAUGACGACCAAUCCUUUCGUGGAGAGGACAUGGAUCUUUAUGAGGCAAAGCGUGAACGUAUCAGCCAGUCUUACCGUUCAAUUGGAUUCAGGCGUCUCGCCAAUACCUGCUUCUUCUGUCUCCCAAAAGAUCCUGCGCAUCGUUCCCGCCAAAUUUCAGCUGACCAGGAUGCGGAUAUUCCUCAUGUUGAUGUACCGCUGAGUGGCCAUGGUCAGAGGUAAGAGGCGGCCCGGACUUGAAGCUCAGACGUCCUCGUUUCGAUGAUGCUAAAAAUGAUGCUCUGUUUCGCCAACGGCAAUGGUUUUACGGUGUUCCA